AUGGGAUCAACAAAAUUAGAGGAAUUGGACCAGGAUGGUGUACUGUCUGUUCUUGAGAAUUGGAAGAUGGAAGAAUUUUGUGAUUUUGUACGGGAGAAACAGUUGGACGGGAGAAAAUUACUGGACGUUACUGAAGGGAUUGUAAAACUUUGGCGGCCGAAAUCAAACGCUAAGGACUUUAUCAUCUUCAUCAAUGAUUUAAAAGACAACCCAAAAAAGUACUUAACAAAUCAAUCGAAAACUGAAAUAAUAAAAAUAAGCAAAGAAACUAAUAUAUGUCCGGAAAGUCAAUAUCAAACAGUGACAGUGCGUAAGACGAGAGAAGAUGUCAACGUUAAUACUGUAGAAGAGUUACUAAAGAAAAUGGUUCCUGCCAAAAGCUUCCUUUAUAGGAACCAGCAGAAGAGGACAGAGAAGGCAGUGACGUCAUACCUUCCUAUGGACGCGGGGACACCGAAGAAGAGAAGGUUCUUCCGUUUAAGUUCUUACGAGUACCCAUUCUUCGAUUUUCGAUUGAGAUUUUCGAAAACCGAUAAUAAUGCAGACAGAGGUUACUACUCGGUGAAAACCAACAAUCGUUAUUACAUACAAAAGAGUAGUAAAAAACAUGAAAAUAAUAAGACUAAAUAUAAAUCUCUUCCCACACCGGAGGCAACAUGCGAUAAUCUCCCAGAAGAGCAUUUCUAUGAGGACUUAAAUUAUAAUGAAAUCAAUAAAAUUAAGGAGAAAUCUCCCGACGAUGUCACUCCACGACAGGUGACUCAAGUGAAGCCGUGUAUGGUGAAAAUACAAGAACUCUUCCAGGCUUUUCGAUUUCCGUUCUUCAGAAAAAGUGAAGAAGUAGAAGAGAAAAGGGAGAAAUGUGAAAAGGAAGACAAAGAAGGGAACAUUUAUGAGAAUAAUGACAGCAUUUUGGACAUGUACGAUUCAGUACAUGUGGUUAAUGAAACUCCAAAAGCUGAGGGUACCGAAGAGAAUCGGAGUCUGCCGGUAGAAGACUACUUGGAACCUGUACAGCUUAGUAAGGACUAUUGCGACGUGACCAUAAAGCAAAAAGAGGAGUCGUUGCUGGGUUUCAUAAUGAGCUACAUCGAAAACAGAUUUGGAAUUCGAAGAGAGACUAAUGACGAGGCGCACUCUGAAGAGUCGGAGAGCGAUUCCAAGCACGAGGACAGAUGGGGCAGCGGGAAGGUGAGCAUGGCUGCUCGGCCUCUGCCGGUGCCCGUGGAGAACGAGCCGUAUUUCAUGGACGUGGACAGGGGGGAAGCGGAGAACCUGCUUCACGGGCAGCCGGACGGCACCUUCGUGCUUCGACCCUCGAGCCAGCCGAACCACGCAUACACGCUCAGCGUGUCCUGUGCCGGGGCGGUCCAUAACGUGGGGGUCCGUCGACGCCCAGACGGGAGGCUGGCUCUGGGCUACGCGCGCCGCGGCGAGCGGAGCUUCAUCACCGUGACGUCACUGCUGCGUCACCACCGACGCAGGCGGCUGCUGCUGGUGGCGGCCGGUGACGUCAUCGGCGCCACCACCCUCAACGAGCCGCCCCACUACUACCAGACGCCGAGCAACGUGCCAGUGAUGCAGGUAGCGUUGCAC